GAAACGAUUAACGAAGUACGAACGAUUCACGGUGUCACAUGAUUGAUAAAGUACUUAAGUAGUAUUUUAGUAAAUGUUAAGUUUAGUAGCUUAGGACUUACUAGUAGUUCUAUUAUUAAAAAUAAAUUCGUCUAAAUUUGAUGAUUAUAGUGAAAAAAUGGACUACAAAGAAGAGCAACAGAAUGAAAUUGAUGCACUGGAGUCCAUAUACUGUGAUGAAAUGACAAUUACAAGUACAGAACCUUAUUAUCAAUUCGAAAUCCCAAUUAAAUCAGACGAAUUUGAUAGUGAUCAGCAUGAUAUUGGCCUAUCUUGUUGUUUAAAAUUUGAGUAUGUAGAAAAAUAUCCUGAAGAUCCACCUAUUGUAGAAAUUGAAGAUGUUGUUGGUUUUGAAGAACAAGAAGAUGAGUUCAAAGAGUAUUUAAUACAACAAGCUCAGGAUAAUGUUGGAAUGGUGAUGAUCUUUACUUUGGUGUCGGCAGCACAAGAAUGGAUGAAUAAUUAUUCAGAUAGUGAAAAACAAAGAAAAAUAGAUGAUGAUGAUAAAAGACGUGAAAAAGAAAUGGAAGCCGAAUUGAAACGUUUUGAAGGUACUAAAGUUACAGUUGAAUCAUUUUUACGAUGGAAGUUUAACUUUGAAGAAGAUAUGGGAGUUUUAAAGAAGCGAAAUGAAGAAGAAAAAAAUAAGAAACUUACUGGACGUGAAUUAUUUAUGACUGAUAAAUCACUCAAUGAAUCAGACUUAAAAUUCUUAGAAGAAGGAGAUUCGGUGAAAGUUGAUGAAUCAUUAUUUGAAGAAAUAGAUGAUCUGGAUAUUGGUGAUGCUGGAAGUUCUGAUGAAAGUUAAAAAAAUUUUUUAGGAAUUAUAUGCAAAACUCAAACUGUAAAUAUAAAAUACUUAAAAAAAAAAACUAUUAUAAAGUGUU